CUUUCUAUGUUUUUUUUUAGAUAUCUCCUGGCGAAGAAAACGCAGUUUUACCAAAGAUGCAACUACAGUAUUUCUCUGGUCAAUGCGACUUUGCAGAUUACAGUUGUGAGAAAGACGACCGAGGCUCUUGUCUAACGGAUGACAUUCUGCAAGAAAUAUUCGCACCUUAUUUUCCGGCUGUCGCCCCUGACGCCGACCAAUCAAUUUUGUCGGUGCUGCAAGCAGGCAGUAUAGAUAACAACAGUUUUAUUAAUGAACACAUGACCGAGCCAACUUUGAAGGACGCUCAACAAUCGAAUGGAUUGCAUGUAUUAGAAGCGCCAUAUACGACGGCCAUGUCAGCUACAAAUCACCUUCCGCUCUCCAACAUCCAUACAACAGAAGACUACGUGGGAAAUACAAACCCAGUUCAUUUUGAUUCCAUAGACAGCUUCGGUAGGAAUUACUUAAUGAAAACUUGGCAAUACAAACACCCGAAACAUUGGUCGAGAAGCGAAGUAUUAGAUUGGAUUUUUUGGUCAAUUGAAAAUGAGAACUUAGAUGCGAGUCGAAUGCGAGGUGAAGCAUUUCAGAACAUUGAUGGCGUUCAACUAUGUGAAAUGACUGUAGAGAAAUUUAUACAAAAGGAACCCGACUACGGUGCCAUUCUCUUUCAAAUUCUCAGCUCUCUCAUUCACAAACACAGUCAAUGCAACCAAUAUAAGACAUAUCAGCCACCACAUCAUUAUCAUCUACAACAGCAACAACAACAACAACAGCCGCAACAGCGACAGCAACAUCAGCAACAACACCAUCAUCAUCAUCACCAACAUCAGCAGCAGCAGCAACAGCAGCAGCAACAGUCACAGCAGCAGCAGCCACGACAACAACCAUAUGUACACGAGUCCUACCCACAACUGUUACUACAUAAUCAACCGCAACAGCAGCAACAACAACAACAACAAACACAGUUGCAACAACUACCACAUCAACAACAACUACAACGUCAGCACCAACAGUUAGACGAAUUCAUACCAAACCAUUCCAAUACGACGCUUAUUAGUUCUGAUAUGAACCCCUUCUCUUCGUCCCCGUCGUUGCCAUACUACUACCCAUCGUCUCAGUUGAAACAAAAGAAGCGCCCGGGAAGGCCAAAAAUGAACAAUCUUUUCAAUGACAAAAAUAUGAAGAGUGGAAACUGUAAAAAGCGAGUGAAGAAUCAGUUACUGUGGGAAUUCCUGUAUGAUGCACUGAAAAACCCUGGUUACAAUCCACGAUUCCUAAAAUGGGAAAACGAAGUGGAAGGAAUCUUUCGAUUUGUCCAAUCAGAAAUGAUGGCUAAUGUUUGGGGAGAACUGAAGAACAAUGAUAACAUGAACUACGAAAAACUCAGCAGAGCUAUGAGGCAUUACUAUCGCCGAGGGAUCUUGGAGAGAGUAGAAGGCAGGCGCUUGGUAUAUAAAUUCUCAAGAAACGCAAUAGAAAAAUUGAAAUUACGCUCAAAAUAGUUCCACACUGGAAGCAUUCGUCAAAACAUUAUACAGCCAUUUUCUUAAAAUUAGUUUAUCAUUUAAACUAUUGAAUGAUUAUUGCUGCUGACAAAAAAAAGAAUCUACAACAUUGCGCAAAUUUAAAUUCAUUUUCAUAAUUCAGCACUUAGUGUCUUCCAUAUAUGAUAACGCAACUCCUUAUUGAGGAGAUUGUAAUACAAAUAUAAAAUUUUAAAUAAACCAUUUACAAUAUUAUUCAAAUUUCAAUUAAUUUUCAGUCAUUUGUGUCUUCCAUAUACAACGCAAUCCUUUGUCAAAGGGAUUGAAAAAUAUGCAAAAUUUAAAAUAAUAUUAAUAAUAAGCAUUAAAAAAAACUGAAAUUAUCAUUAAUUUCCCAAGAGACGUUAAAUUACGUUUGAAUGUAUGAAUAUCGUCCAUGCGUGAAUACAUGAAUGGUUGAAUGGAUAUAUAAAUUAAAUAAAAUAGUGUUCAAUAUUUAAUGUUUUCAUAAAACUGAUUAAUAAAAAAAAA